UCUCUCUCUCUCUCUCUCUCUCUCUGUACAUAUAUAAAAAAUCUAUCUCCUUUCUCUAUAAAGGGAGUCUAAUUUUCACGCCUUUUGCGACCUACGAGCGCCGGAGCAGUGAUCCACGGAGAGAGGGAGAUAGAGAAAGAAGUUUAUUUCAUGGGCCUUUAUCUUCUGUUGUUCUUCAAUGGCCAAAUCUCUCUUCUUCUCUUUAUCCUUUCCUAUCAACACUAGCACCAAUCUUCUUCUUCUUCUUCUUAUUCUUCAUCGUUUACCCAUUACCGGACUUCACCUGCUCCUCAUCUUCCUGCACUCUCUGUUAUAGCUUCCGCUUUCCCCACCGGUUAUCCCGGUAACUUUGAUACUCUCUUUCUUUCUGAUUGUUUCCGUAGAAAAACUGCCAUACAGACUCCAUUUUCCAAUUUUCUGGAGGAUAAGAGAAAAAAGGAGACGCCUUUUAUAUAGACUCCUCAUUACCAGACAAAAUAGAAAAUCCCAAGGUGCGACACACAAAAUUUUAUAUAUCUACCCUUUAUUACAAAGUGAUUUUCCCAGAUUCUGUUUGGUUGAAAAAGGUGGAACGGAUAUUCAGCAAUAAUUCAAGAAUUGUUUAAGAUAUCCAAUUGUGUUUUAACAGUUAAUUUGGAUGGCGUCGGUGUUUCUAUACCAUGUCGUGGGGGAUCUGACGGUGGGAAAGCCGGAAAUGGUGGAAUUCUGCGAGACUGAGACGGUGGAAUCGGCGAUUCGGGCAAUUGGAGAGUCAACGGAGUGUGGUAUUCCGGUGUGGAAGAGGAGAUCGCACGUGGGCAUGAUUGAGAAUAACGAAAUGAGGCAGCAGAGGUUUGUGGGUAUCCUUAAUUCUCUCGAUAUUGUGGCGUUUUUGGCUAGAGCUCAGAGCUUGGACGAUCAGGAGAAGGCCAUGAAGACCCCGGUUUCUGAGGUAGUUGUUCCUGAUAACUCUCUAUUGAAACAGGUUGAUCCAGCAACAAGAUUGAUUGAUGCACUGGAGAUGAUGAAGCAAGGUGUAAAGCGUCUUCUAGUCACCAAAGGCACAGUAUGGAAAGGCAUGAGCAAACGAUUCUCAAUCCUCUACAAUGGUAAGUGGCUCAAGAAUGUUGAUUCCAGCAACAGCAGCAGCAAUAACCUCACCAUCAACACCAGUCGCCCUUCCUCAUCUACCCCUAGUUCCAGCCGUGACAAGUUCUGCUGUCUCUCUAGAGAAGAUGUCAUCCGUUUUCUGAUUGGUUGCCUUGGUGCUCUAGCUCCACUCCCUCUUUCAUCCAUUUCUUCUGUUGGAGCCAUUAACUUGAACUACUAUUCAGUUGAGGCCUCUUUUCCAGCCAUCGAAGCUACACAAAAGCUGCCCAAAGACCCUGCAGCCAUUGCUGUUGUGGAGCCCAUCUCAGAUGGCCGUUGUAAGAUUAUAGGGGAAAUAUCAGCCUCCAGAUUAUGGAAAUGUGAUUAUUUGGCUGCGGCAUGGGCUCUAGCCAAUCUUUCAGCAGGGCAGUUUGUGAUGGGGGUUGAGGACAAUUUGACUGUAAGGUCAUUUCCCGACUUUACAGUUAACUCAACAGGUGGGGAGAAUAAUAUGGUUAAUGGUGGUGGAUCAACAAGAACAAGGAAAUUCAGCAGCAGGAGCAUCGGGUUCAAUCCAGGAAGCUCAAGUUUUGGAAUUGGCAGGAGCAUGUAUAGGGGAAGAAGUGCACCCCUAACAUGUAAAAUUACGAGUUCGUUGGCUGCAGUUAUGGCUCAGAUGCUGUCUCACAGGGCAACCCAUGUAUGGGUGACUGAAGAUGAUGGUGAUGAUGUUUUGGUUGGCGUGGUUGGUUAUGCAGAUAUUCUAUUUGCAGUAACCAAACCACCUUCAUCCUUUAUUCCAGUUAAUCGAUCUUCUGAGGGUUUUGCAACUGAAAUUCAAAAUUGACUUGUAUUUAUUUACCAUAUUCACAUUUGCUUGUUAGCGUGCUUUACUUCAGCAGUUUUUGGGGGUUGAGGGAUUUUAGCUUUGUGGGGUUUCAUGAAUGUUUCUUGAUGAGUUGUAUAGUGGUGUAAUAAUAAAAUAAUGUUUUGCUGCAAUUUGUGUGCCGCUUGUAUAAUGGAUUUUUAACAUCUUUUUCA